UCGGCACCGCCAUGUCAAUUCGACGGGACGAUGUGAUGCGCAAAAGCAAUCGAUACGAGGGGAUUCUACUGCCCAUUGACACUGCAUCAGCGCACUGAGCGCUUCUCUACGUUCAUCGACACUCCUUCGCACAUACCAUCUCCAACCACCCGAAUGACCCUGUGAAGAUACCUUCUGCACCGACCUUCUUGCCGGUCUGCAAUUGUGCGUGUGGGCUGCUCCCUACUCUGAGAAAGUAGUCGCAAGUUGUUGCUGUCUUAGAAUGGUUGCCGUGUGCUGUGGACAUAGGCUUUUGCUGUGUCGAUCAUGCUGUCUCCUGUGGGCGUGCUAUAAUUCCAGAGCAGGCAAGUUCCUGCCGAUCACCGAGCGGCCGACCAUACGGGGCGCUGCAGCGAUGAUCCCAAAC